AGAGAGAGAGAGAGAGAGAAGAAAAAAGGGGUGGUGUUGUUUGUGUGUUUUAGAGUGAUUCAGAAAAAAAGGGGUCCUCAGGUGAAAGAUCUGAGGCUUUUAGGUUUUUGAGGGUGUAAUCGAAGAAGAAGAAGAAGAAGAUGAGCGCUUCAAAGUUCAUCAAGUGCGUUACUGUUGGGGAUGGAGCUGUGGGCAAAACUUGCUUGCUAAUAUCCUACACCAGCAACACCUUCCCCACCGAUUAUGUGCCAACUGUGUUCGACAAUUUCAGUGCAAAUGUUGUUGUCAAUGGAGCCACAGUUAAUCUCGGUUUGUGGGACACUGCAGGGCAAGAGGAUUAUAACAGACUACGACCUUUGAGUUAUCGUGGUGCCGAUGUUUUCAUAUUGGCUUUCUCUCUCAUAAGCAAGGCCAGUUAUGAAAAUGUUUCCAAAAAGUGGAUCCCAGAAUUGAAACAUUAUGCACCUGGUGUCCCCAUCAUUUUGGUUGGCACAAAGCUUGAUCUUCGGGAUGACAAGCAGUUCUUCAUUGACCAUCCUGGUGCCGUACCCAUCACUAAUGCUCAGGGAGAAGAGCUCAGGAAGCUUAUCAAUGCACCAGCUUACAUUGAAUGCAGUUCAAAAUCUCAGCAGAACGUGAAGGCGGUCUUUGAUGCGGCUAUUCGAGUCGUUCUUCAACCCCCUAAGCAGAAGAAAAAGAAGGGUAAAGCACAGAAGGCCUGUUCAAUAUUGUAAUUCGACUAGGAUUCUAAAGAGAAAGAUCCAUAUAUGUCUCCUACUUGUAUUUCCUUCCCUCCCUCCUACUUGUAUUUCCUUGUCUCCUCUUCCCUUCUUCCUUUUCUUCAUUCCCCUUUGCAGUUGAAGAAGUUGGUGUCUAUGUGAGUUUAUUAUCUGUCAUAUAUUCCGAAAGAAGAAAAAAAAAAACUUCCUUGAAGCUUAAGGUUGUUGAUGCAUUGCAUUAGUGGAAUUAAUUGUGGAAAACUUAUUGUCAAAAGUUGCAUUUCAUGGUUCCAACUUCCAACCCCUUUAUUAAUGUUUUAUGUAUUAAUAUUAAUAUAAAUCUAUAAAUUAGGAUAA